GAAGUUGAAGGGGCUGGUUUUUCACGUUCAGACUCGGGAGCUUCGCUGGAAAAGUUCUUUGCAGACAUUCCGGGGAUUAUAUUUGUCGUAUUUUGGCGACUAUGGAGAUUUAUCCGAUGUUUGCUGAUUUUUUUCAAGUGUUACUUUUCAUUUUUCUAGCGCCUGUGUUGUUCUUUAUAUUUUCCAGGAGGAUACGGAAACCUGGUGAACCUCCACUUGAACAAGGUUGGAUUCCUUACCUGGGAAAAGCAUUAGAAUUCCACAAAGAUGCAUACAAAUUCCUCCAAGCCCAACAGAAAAAGCAUGGGAAUAUCUUUACUGUGCAUAUUGCAGGCAGAUAUAUUACAUACAUUAUGGACCCACUACAGUAUGGAUUUAUCAUAAGACAAGGAAAGCAACUAGAUUUUCAGGACUUUGCACUUUCAAUGGCAUCAAGAACAUUUGCUUACCCACCAAUGAUUGAAACAAAGUUCCCAGGCCUGUCUGAGAAAGUGCACAAGGCUUACCAGCAUUUGCAAGGUGACUCACUGAACAAGCUCACAGAGAGUAUGAACAAAAAUCUUCAAUUGGUGCUUUGUGAGAAGAGCAUUCAAGAAACUGUGGACUGGAGGACUGAGAAACUAUACAGUUUCUGCAACCGUGUUAUGUUUGAAGCCAGUUUCUUAUCUGUUUAUGGAAAAUGUCAAGAUGGACAAAGACAUUCAUUCAUUGACAGACUCAAGGAAGACUUCAAUACAUUUGAUAAGAUGUUCCCAUACCUUGUAGCUAAUGUUCCCAUUGAAUUACUAGGAGCAACUAAAAAGAUUCGGAAAGAUAUCAUAAACAUUUUUUUGUGCAAAAAUGUGAUGAAAUGGCAUGAGACUUCAGAUGUGGUCCGCUGCAGGAGAGAUUUGUUCGAAGAGUAUGAACUUCGGGAUCAGGAAAAAGCUGCACAUCAUUUCGCUUUCCUGUGGGCCGCCAUGGGAAACACGCUUCCGGCUACAUUCUGGGCUAUGUAUUACCUGGUGAGGAACCCAGAAGCCCUUGCAGUGGUGCGUGACGAAGUGGACCACGUGCUGCAGUCAACACAUCAAGAAAUAGGUUUAGGAUGUAACAUCCUCCUCACCAGAGAACAAUUAGACAGUCUGGUGUACCUAGGCAGUGCCAUACAUGAAAGCCUUCGCAUGUGCUCAGCGUCUAUGAACAUUCGUGUAGUUCAGGAGGACUUCACUCUCAGGUUGGAAGGGGAUGAGGCAAUCAGCCUAAGGAAGAAAGACUGGGUAGCUCUUUACCCACAAAGCCUGCAUAUGGACCCUGAUGUUUAUGAAGAUCCUGAGAUUUACAAAUUUGAUCGUUUCGUGGAAAAUGGGAAGGAGAAAACAACAUUCUAUAAAAAUGGGAAAAAGCUGCGGUACUAUCUGAUGCCUUUUGGCUCCGGAGCCAGCAUGUGUCCUGGCAGAUUUUUUGCAGUCAAUGAAAUGAAACAGUUUCUGUUUUUUAUGAUCACUCACUUUGAUAUGAAACUGAAGGAAAGUGAAACCAGAGUAGGACUCGAAUACAGUCGUUCUGGUCUUGGCAUUCUAUUUCCAGAUUCUGAUGUUGACUUUCAGUACAGAAGAAGAAAGCCAUGAAAAUAAUUAAUGUGAGAUUUGCAUUAGAACUGUUUUCUUUCUGUAUUAAUGUAGGAAGCCUUCAUAAUGAGAAUGAGGCUAAUGUGAUUUAGUAGAACUUAUCUUCAGUGGAGGUAACUCACAAUCCUGUGUUGUGCCAUAAUGAAGGUGAAGUGAUAAAUGAAUGUCUGUGGUGUGAAAGGAAAUUGUUUUAAUUUGUUGUGUAAUCUUUAGUAAAUUACAGAAUGUUCUAAUUGUAGAAAAUGUUAAAAAUUUCCUUUUAGGGGAAAAUAAACAACUGCAGUCAGAAGAAAUAUUAUCUCAUAAAUGGCUAGCAGGUGGUACCUAAAAAAGCUGUACAUAUAAGUGUGUGUGUGUGUGUGUGUGUGUGUGUGUGUGUGUGUGUGUGUGUGUGUGUGUGUGUG